UUGAAAAUUCCAAUUGUGAUAUUAAUUGUGAUUUUAGCACCACAUCAGAGUGGUAACAACAGUGGUGUGAUUCAUGCAGGGAUUUACUAUACUCCUGGAACUUUGAAGGCGAAGCUCUGCGUCGAAGGUCACGCCCUCGCCUACAAGUUUUUCGAGGAGAAUAAUUUUCCGCACAAGAAAGCCGGGAAGCUGAUUGUGGCUGUUGAACCAGAAGAAAUUCCGCGAUUAGAUAACCUCUAUGAAAGAUCUCAAAAGAAUAACUGUAAGGAUAUCAAGAUGAUCGAUGGCUCACAAAUUAAGGAGUAUGAGCCGUAUUGUAAGGUAUGA